AUGGCCAGCUACGACCUUCUCGCCCUGUUGACAGCCAGCAUCGCCGGGAUGCCCGACAAUCCCAGUGCGGAGGAGGAACUGCUUUCCCAAAUCUGCAUUGAGAAAACAUCAUUUCCUCAAGAAGAGGCCUUGGGUUUUGGUGGCAGUUUCAAUGCCAUCGCUGUGCCUCCCAAUCGUCUGCGCCGGUGCGUGGACUCGCGAAACCUCAACUCCGACCCGCUCCUCUAUUUGGGACGCAACAAGUACAUCAUUCGCAGCCCCAAAGCCGCUCUUGACAUGCGUUCUAUGGCCACAGAACUUGCGGUCUUAAGGAGCGACUCGAUACGGAAGCAUGCAAACAUCAUUGAGCUAUUGGGUCUGGCGUGGGAAGUCACCAAUGCCACGAAAGAGCGAAUUCUACCAGUCUUUGUGCUCGAGUACGCCGAACUUGGCGAUCUCGAAUCCUUCCUGCGUGAUGACCCGGCCACGUUGGUAGAACAGCUCGCACUCGCCAUAGGGGUUGCGGAAGGUCUGCGGGCUCUCCAUGACGUAGGAGUCGUGCAUUGCGACAUGAAACCAGCAAACAUUCUGCUUUGCUUGGACCGCCACGGAAAGCCAGUAGCAAAGCUGUCAGACUUUAGUUCAUCGGUCUUGCUGAGCGAUCUCCCUCGCGGCUCGACUUAUCCCAUUGCACCUGGGACCGAGCUCUGGCAAAGCCCAUGGGCUACUCGAGAAUGCACCGCUCAGCAGCUUGUGCGGUCCGACGUGUAUGCUUUUGGGCUAAUCCUUGCGGUCCUGAUCACGAGGAUCAGACCUGAUAUCCUUGAACAUUUGACCAAGACUGGCUCCGGAGGUCGUCAUCUCGAUGAGUUAAAGACCAGCGGCGACCUCGGCGAUGCUAUGGCCGACUUUGCUGUGAUGGCCGAGAAUACAAUGCCUGCCGGCGAGACAGAACACACCAUGCAUUUGAAACGAAUCACGCUGAUCUAUGCACUUUCAACACAGGCGCCCUUUGUAGAGUGCACAUCCGGCGCAUUGGACAUUCUCAAGAUUCUGAGGCUCUUGCUGCACCUGGUAGUCGCCAUGGAGCUCCGUGAGAAGACUCGGAACUUGUCUUCGCUAACCUCGCUGGAGGAGAAUGUCAUUGCGAAUCCAACGAUUGACCCUGCCUCGGAGAUAGAUGACGCUAUUGAGAUGACGAUGAGGGAAGCCGAGUCUGAUAUGUGGAGGGUCACAGACAAUGCUGUGGCUGAUCCCACCGGCACAAGUGAAGGGAAUCGAAGAGAGUCUCUCUCAGAUAGCGCAUCAGAAAGAUCUUUUCCGGACGAACAGGAACUUCUUCCAGACCCGAGCGAUGCCGAAGGCUCUUCCUCGCAGCAAGGGAUAGACGACACCUUAGAGAACGCCAGCUUUUUCAACAGACUAGAGUCUAUGGCACGUCUGCGCCAGUCAGACGAGCAAGUUUUACGAACUUACACCCAUGAGGCUGUGAUCUCGCAUGUCACAUCGUUCAAGAGGCUUCGAAACCUGCCCUCGAGGGUAUUCUCCGCCGUCUUACAAGAACUUGAAACAGUUGCGUCGGACAAGAAAUCCCAAGAUGACUCUCGUCGGGCAACAGCAGCCUACGAGUUCGCGGGCUUGACCGUGGGUAGACACCAAAUCAGCCCCCUUGCACGCGACGAAGACCUCCGAAAGGCGACGGAUUUAUUGUUGCAAGCCGCGCAGUUGGGUCAUUCACUGGCACGAGCUUCCGUCGGGAUGAUUGUAGAAGGCCUCGAGCUCCAACUCGAGGACCUCAACCGAGACACCGAGAUCGAGUGGCUCCAGGACUUGAUAGUACGUGGGAAAGAAGAGGGCGAGAGCCUGGCAAAGCAGCGUCUUCGAAAGCUCGAUGGGGCCAAGUACGAGGACGCGGUGCGAAUGAGCAGGGUUUUUUACCGCAACACAUGGUCCAGCCUCAUUCUCGGCCUGCUCAUGGAAGACGGGGCGGAUAUUAUGAAAGUCUUUGGCGCGCUGGAGCUUGGAUCGUCUGAACAUUGGAUGUUUUGCCAGCAUGCCAUUUUGUUCGGUAAGAACGAGAUGCUGAAACAGGCCCUGCCAUCUCUGGGAAAGCCGUUGAACGAACCGAUGGUCAAGGGCCGGACGCUGCUGCUGGAGGCGUGCUACGCUGGAAAUGUGGAAGCGGUGAUGCUCUGCAUUGCCGCCGGUGCGGACGUCAAGGUGCCCUUGCAGGCAGAUGGGACGACGGCCCUUCACCUACUGUCCAUGUUCCCCGACGAGAAGGUCAGCGAAGUUGCAGAAAAAUUGAAAGAUGCUGGCGCCGAUAUCGAGGCGCGGUGCUGGCUGUCGCGGAGCCGGCCUGGAUGCAUCGACCUGCAGGAUGCUGUUUUUUAUGCAACGCCGCUCUUGUCUGCUGUGGUGGCAGGUAGCGUCACCGCCGUCCAGGGCCUUGUUCGGCUUGGGGCCGACCCAUUUGACCAGAUGGAGACAAUGACCAAGCUUGACAGGCAGCUUCUCAUCGCCCGCGGUGGCCGUCUCUACAGCCCGGUACAUUACGCAGCACGACUUCACAUGAUACAAGUUCUGCGAGCACUGCUUCCGGACGACAGACGGUACGAGGAACUCAGCAGUGUCAUCCGUUACGAUGAGCCGUUCUUCUGGGUUCUGCCCAUAUGGUGUGCGCUGGACUACUCGGCAUCAGGCAUCUGGCAGAGGCUCUGCCUCCACGGCAAAGAGCAUGUUCAACACUGUGUCGACACAGUAGAGUUUCUCUACACGCGAGGAAGCAAGAACAGCAAGACCUGCGAGCACCGCAUGGGACUUUACAGUCGGUAUAGCUUCGACGCGAGUUGCCAUCUCGGGCAGCCUUUCCUGAUGAGGCGACUGUGGGCUGUGAUUCGUGGCCAGCUUCAGCCUCCGAUCCAGGAGCUGGCCAAGAUCAUGCAGCGGGCCAUCGACUUUGAAGACCGUGCGACCGUCCAUCAGCUCGUCCCACUGCUAGAGGCUACACUCCAAAACCACCCAGAACAUGAGGGGUUCAAGUUCAAAGCCUCGAUCCAGGGUCACAAGCCCGCCGAAGUGGUUGACUACUUCAUCAAGCUCGAUCAGAAGUUCAAAUCCACGCCAACAUCCCGGAUCAGCUUGGAACUCGUCCGUGAUCAGAAGGAGAGCCUCCUCAUUGGACCAGAUCAAUACGGGCCUGCCGCGGUACCUCGAUCGCAGGGCGGGAUCCGGGUGUCAAUCGCCAUUCGCCCUGGCCGUGAUGGCCGACAAGAAUGGACUUUCAAGUCUGCAGAGCCAGUAGGCGUACCCAAAGGGGAGAUACUUCCUGAAAAGUCGGAUGCUGGCGAGAAGAUCAGCCUGUUCGAGUCGGCAGUAUUGGGCGGCUACUUUCACCGUGCUCGAGAACUCUACAAAUCGCCAAACGAUCUCAUCUGUCGUCGAGACGAAAAGGACAGAGGCAAGUCGACUCUACUAGGACGGCUGAUUCGUGAUAGCAAGAUUUACAAGGCCAGCGAAGCCCAGACUCUCUUCCUCCUAUCUCUGGUGCCAGACGGAAGCGAUGAACUCUUUGAGAACGUCCUCGAAGGAGAAGAAGAAGGCUCGAGUUUGACCGCGCUGCACGCGGCAGUCUUCUACCUCGAACCAUCACACGCGCAACGGGGACGAACUGCCUUGCCCGUGCUGGACGCAAUUGUCGGUCUCUGGCCGGAAAGCGACCAUCUAGAGCGACUGACCUCGGACACCAAAGACGGCACCACUGCGCUUCAUAUAGCGGUAGAGAGCGGCAACUUGGACGCACUCCGAUAUAUCGCCAGAGAAGCCGAGGGGCCUCUGAAUUGGAACGUGCUCAACGGCAAAGGCGAGACCCCACUCGACAUUGCGCUCGUCCAGUCUCUUGGGGCAGAGGACGUCCUCGCUGCGACGGGCAUCACACCCGAGCAUUCCAAAUGGCAGGAAAGGGUCGAGAAGCACUAUUCGGACUUUGGGCAAAUCCGCAGUCUCCUCAAGGACAACGGCGCCAAGUACAACAGCAUCGGCGCCUUUGUGUGUCGAGAAAGCGAGGACAGCUGGACGAUGCACAUCCUGAACCGGCUGGACUUGUCGACCACCCCGGCGGCCAUGUACGAUAGCUUGUUUGGCGGCGAGUCAGAGCACCUGCAUCGAAGUGCGGACGGGGAGGUCAUUAUGGUCCUUACAGGCGCGCAGGCCGCUAGGGUUCUCGGGGAGCGCAUGCCGAAUGUGGCCAGUAUGGAUGUCGGGGACCAUGUGUUUCUGCCUGUCGUGCCGGACUUGACGGCCAUGGUUGGAGAGGGGCCGGGUGGUAGGAGUGUGUCCAAGUCGUAG